AUGAGGACCCUUGCUCUCCUUGCUGCCAUUCUCCUGGUGGCCCUGCAGGCUCAGGCGGAGUCACUCCAGGCAAGAGCUGCAGCCCAGGAGCAGCCUGGAGCAGAUGAUCAGGAAGUGGUUGACUCCUUUGCAUGGGACAAAAGUGCCACUCUUCAGGUUUCAGGCUCAACAAGGGGCUUGGUCUGUUCUUGCAGAUUAGUAUUCUGCCAGUGAACAGAACUUCGUGUUGGGAACUGCGUCAUCGGUGGUAUCAGCUUCACAUACUGCUGCUCGCUUGUAGAUUAAUGUUCUACUGUCCAAGAGAAUGUCAUGGGGGGAAAGUCAUCAUCAGUGGUGUGAGCUUCACAUGCUUCUGCAGCUGAGCUUGCAGAACAGAGAAAAAUAAGUUCAUAAUUUGCUUUGAGAGCUACAGGAAAUGGUUGUUUCUCCUAUACUUUGUCCUUAACAUCUUUCUCGAUCCUAAAUAAAUAUCUUGUA